UGGGAGAAGAUUUCUCAGUCGGGAAAAGGUGCAGCAGCCUAGAACCAAGCAAUCAGAGAGGGAGAAGAUUGGUGGACGGAAAAAGGUUUGGGGAGCAGAUUUCUCAGUCGGGAAAAGGUGCAGCAGCCUGGAACCAAGCAAUUGGAGAGAAGAACUUGCAGAGAUCCAACACUGAGCAACAAUGGAUGAUGCAAUAGUCCUGUAUCCAGGUCCAGGCAUGGGCCAUGUGGUGUCCAUGAUAGAGCUAGGCAAGCUCAUCCUUCGCCGUUACUCCCACAGAUUCUCCAUCAUCAUUCUACUCUCUACUGGUCCUUUUGACACCCCGGCCACCACCUCUUACAUUGACCACAUCUCCCAAACCAAUCCUUCCAUCUCUUUCCACCGCUUCCCCUAUCUAUCGGUUGACACCUCUUCUUCCACUUGCAAUAUCGUCGCUGUCUUCUCUGAGUUCUUCCGUCUCAGUGCCUCUAAUGUCCUCCAUGCUCUCCAGCAACUCUCCAAAACUUCCACCGUUCGGGCCUUCAUCAUCGACUACUUUUGCGCUUCAGCUCUUCCUGUUGCUCGUGACCUUGGAAUUCCCACUUACCACUUCCUCACCACCGGUGCUUCUGUUGUUGCGGCUGUCCUUUACUUUCCGACAAUUCACAAACAGUAUGAGAGCAGCAAUAAGAGCUUCAAGGACAUGCCCACUACAUUUUUACACUUUCCUGGGUUGCCUCCACUACAAGCCACUCGAGUGCUUGAAGCAUGGCUCAACCGAGACGACCCCGCCUAUGAUGAUAUGCUAUACUUCUCAGAGCUUUUGCCAAAAUCCGAUGGACUUUUGAUAAAUACUUUCCAUGAUCUUGAGCCAAUAGCCGUUAAGACAAUCAGGGAGGGGACAUGUGUUCCCAAUGGGCAAACUCCGCCAGUUUACUGCAUCGGCCCUUUGAUUGCGGAAACUGGUGAAGAUGAAAGCAAUAUUGCUGGUAGUGUAGCUCGCCAUGGUUGCUUGUCCUGGCUUGACACACAGCCAAGUCAGAGUGUUGUCUUCUUGUGCUUCGGGAGCAACGGAACGUUCUCGCCCGCUCAGGUGAAGGAGAUAGCUAAUGGACUGGAAAGAAGUGGCAAGAGAUUCUUGUGGGUGGUGAAGAACCCACCAUCCAACGACAAAAGCAAGCAGAUUGCAGUGACGGCCGAUGUUGAUUUGGAUGCUCUAAUGCCAGAGGGGUUCCUGGAAAGAACCAAAGAUAGGGGAAUGGUGGUGAAGUCAUGGGCGCCGCAGGUGGCGGUGCUGAAUCACCCAUCUGUGGGAGGAUUUGUAACUCAUUGCGGGUGGAACUCAGUAUUGGAGGCAGUGGUCGCAGGGGUUCCAAUGGUGGCCUGGCCUCUAUAUGCUGAGCAGCAUAUGAAUAAAGCAGCUCUGGUGGAGGUCAUGAAGAUGGCUAUUGGAGUGGAGCAGAGGGAUGAGGAUAUGUUUGUGAGCGGAGCUGAGGUGGAGAGGAGAGUGAGAGAGUUGAUGGAGUGUGAAGAGGGGAGGGAGCUGAGAGAAAGAAGCAGGAAGACAAGAGAGAUGGCUUUGGCAGCUUGGAAAGAUGGGGGUUCAUCCACCACUGCCCUUGCCAAAUUGGCUGAUGUCUGGAGUCAAGAUUGAUUGGAAUGUGUCUGAAUCUCGCUUGCUUUUAUCUUUCUAAGUAGCACAAAUCUAUGUUUGAAUCUUUCUUUCUACCUAUUAAUGUAUUGGAGCAGUUGGACGAGAAAUAUUGUGUAACUCAUCAUCAAGAAAAGUUAUUAAAA